GUCAACAUAGCGCGACGCAGCGACGCCGCAGGAGGAGCGGGAGCUGAGACGGCGGUGACCCUGUGCGCGCCUGUGGCCAGUCCCACUCCCGCUCGGCCCGUGGCGGCCGGGCUGGUCCUCUCGGCCGCUCCGGGGCUCAGUGAGCGUGGCAGCAGGUCGCACACUGGGCCAGUGACUGAGCCUGGGCCUCCGCCUGUGGCAGGGGCUCUCGGGAGGAAUGGCGGCCGCCGGCAGCCUGCUUCGCCUCCUGUGGCAGUGUGCGGUGACAGGGGCCACCCCCACGGGCCGCCACCUGCACACGUCCUCCUGGAGGGCUGACAGCAGCAGAGCCUCGCUUACACGCGUACGCCGGCAGACCUACGCACGCCUCUACCCUGUGCUCCUGGUCAAGCAGGACGGCUCCACCAUCCACAUCCGCUACCGGGAGCCUCGACGGAUGCUGGGGGAGAACAGGAGACACAGGAGCAUAUCCUGGUGCCCGCCUGCCCUCCCUGCAGAUGCCUGUGGACCUGGACGCGCUGUCCCCGGAGGAGAGGCGGGCACGAUUCCGGAAACGCGAGGCCCAGCUCAGAGAGAAGGAGCAGCAGCCAGAGCUUGCUGAUGACUUUGACGUGGAGCGGUACAAGCGGUUUUGGACCAAAAAGUGACCACUCCUGCAAGCUGCCCUGGCCUGGGGACACUGGAGGGGGCAUGUCUUUAAAUCAUGUGUCCAGGAAGCUG